CCCGGCUCCACGUCUCCGGUGUGAAGGAUGAGAAUGCCCGCGAUCCCCUCUAUCCAGAGGGGGAGGCAGCACCAUACCUAUAAGAGUACCCUCUGUCGUGCCCCUUUCCCUCUUGGGUGUGGUAAAUCACUUAGUGCCUCUGGUUGAACGACUUAAACUUGAACUUAGUCACAAUGGAUGUCUCCUCCCCCAAGUCUCUGCGUGGCUCACUGCGUCAGGCUUUACACCGGAGAGAACUGAAAUCGGCUCGUCGAAGGCUCACAGUGCUCCCUCAGACGUCGGUGGAUUUCUCGUCCAACGACUUUUUGUCACUAUCAACGUCGCCAGCAUAUCGAGCCCGAUUACUAGACCACCUGCAACAGGCACCUCCACUCUACCCCUUUGCCAGUGGAGGUUCUCGGCUUCUGGACGGUAACUCAACCUAUGCCGAGGAGCUUGAAAGCUUCAUCGCCGAUUUCCAUAAUGCCCCCAGUGGACUGCUGUUCAAUUCGGGCUUCGACGCCAAUGUCGGUGUCUUAUCGUGCAUUCCUCAGCCAGGAGAUCUGAUUGUACACGAUGAGCUGAUCCACGCAAGCGCACGAGAGGGCAUGCGUUUGUCCCGAGCAGGCAAACGGGUUCAAUUCGCACACAGCUCACCCGAGAGCCUGGAAGUUGUCCUACAAUCAGAGCUCGACGCUGAUCCCAAGAUCCAAGAUGGCUCCCGGAAUGUCUUCAUCGUGGUUGAAUCUGUCUACAGCAUGGACGGGGACAUUGCGCCGAUCCGCGAAUUCAUCCAAGUCGUUGAUCGCCUGCUGCCGAGGGGAAACGGCUAUUUUAUUGUGGACGAAGCGCAUGCUACGGGUACAUUCGGUCCACGCGGGGCUGGCGUAGUUCAGGAACUGGGUGUGGAGGAACGGAUAUUUAUCCGUGUUCAUACGUUCGGUAAAGCCUUAGCAAGUCAUGGUGCGAUCGUAUUGUGCUGCUCCGAUACCCGAGAUUAUCUGAUCAACUAUGCGCGAAGCUUGAUCUACACAACGGCGUUGGGUUUCCCGUUCUUGGCUUCCAUCCGCACCGCGUAUGAAUUGUUGUCCGAAGGGAUCACACAACCCCUUCAACACAAACUUCAACAAUUGAUCUUAUACUUGCGGACCAGAUUAGAAGACCUUGGUUCCUGGGACCCAGCAGUCUUCGAAGUGGAUCACUUCCCGAGAUCUCCCAUCUUUUCUCUGCGCAGCCCCUUACCUCGUCAGCUGGCGGCAGCAUGUCAACAGGAAGGGUAUACUGUGCGUGCAAUCAUGGCACCUACCGUUCCUGCAGGAAAGGAGAGGGUACGGGUUUGCCUCCAUACGGGUAAUACGAUGGAGGAAAUCGACGGGUUUGUCGACACUAUCCAACACUGGCUGAACCGGAUGACGGAGAAAAAAGCUGCACGACUGUAA